AUGGGCAGCUGGCAGGACUUCAUGAACAUGGGCAUCCACACGGGCAUCGCCUAUGCCGGCGCGGGCGCCGACACGGCGACCGAGUGGGGCAACGGCAAGGGCGACGGCGCCGCGACGGCCAACAAGCAUGGACACGGCCUUCCGCUUCUUCACGGACCCGAAUUUCGACUUCCAAAAGGAGGGCCAGGCGUACCAGGCGUCGGGCGCGGCCACGGGCAACGCGCGCCGGCGACGGAGGGCGUCAAGCCGCGCGGCGGCUGGAUGCCGUUUGCGCAGCAGGGCGCCGCGACCGGCGCCGGCUUCGGCGCGCAAGGCAUGGACACGGCCUUCCGCUUCUUCACGGACCCGAACUUCGACUUCCAGAAGGAGGGCCAGGCGUACCAGGCGUCUGGCGCGGCCACGGGCAACGCGGCGCCAAGCCGCGCGGCGGCUGGAUGCCGCAUGGACACGGCCUUCCGCUUCUUCACGGACCCGAAUUUCGACUUCCAGAAGGAGGGCCAGGCGUACCAGGCGUCUGGCGCGGCCACGGGCAACGCGUUCGGCGGCUUUUUCGCGCAGCAGGGCGCUUCGACCGGCGGUGGCUUCAUGCAGCAGGGCGCCGGCACCGCCUCGGCCUUCAUGACGGACCCGAACUUCGACUUCCAAAAGGAGGGCGAGGCGUACCAGGAGUCCGGCAAGGCGACGCAGGACAAGUUUGGCGCGAUUGGCCAAGAGGAGGCCGGCGAGGGAGAGGCUGGCUACUCUUUCGGUGCAAUCGGCCUGGUCGCUCUGUUCGCUGUGGGCGCGGCUGUCGUCGGCGCCAUCCGCGCGCGCGCGCGCAGCGGGCCGCAGUACGUGCGUCAGACCAACCCGGACGAGCUGCUGGCGCUCAAGGCUCUCGGUUUCAGAUGA